AUGGCUCAUAUUCCGGAAGUUUUGCCCAAAUCAAUACCGAUCCCGGCUUUCAUCGUCACGACCUCGUCGUACGUAUGGUACUACUUCAACUUGGUGCUGGUCCAGAUCCCCGGCGGCCAGUUCGUCGUCUCUUACAUCAAGAAAUCGCACCACGACGAUCCGUACAGGACCACCAUCGAGAUAGGCCUUAUUUUGUACGGGAUCAUCUACUACCUGUCCAAGCCGCAGCAGAAAAAGAGUCUCCAGUCGCAGAAGCCCAACUUGUCGCCCCAGGAGAUCGACACGCUCAUCGAGGACUGGGAGCCCGAGCCACUGGUCGACUCUUCGUCCUUCGAUGAGCAGGCGUGGAGAGUUGCCACGAUCCCCGUGACCAUGGAAAUGCCCAUCCAGAACCACAUCACCAUCACCAGAAACAACCUGAAGGAGACCUACACGGACGUUUUCAACCUGGCCUCGAACAACUUCCUGCAGCUGGCCACCACCGAGCCCGUCGAAGAGGUGGUCAAGACCACCAUCAGGAACUACGGUGUGGGCGCUUGUGGGCCUGCCGGGUUCUACGGUAACCAGGACGUUCACUACACGUUGGAAUAUGACCUGGCCCAGUUCUUCGGCACCCAGGGCGCCGUGCUGUACGGACAGGACUUCUGUGCUGCUCCUUCUGUUCUGCCUGCCUUCACCAAGCGUGGUGACGUUAUCGUGGCCGAUGACCAGGUGUCGUUGUCGGUGCAGAAUGCUUUGCAACUCAGCAGAUCCACAGUGUACUACUUCAACCAUAACGACAUGAAUUCGUUAGAAAGCCUGCUAAACGAGUUGACCGAGCAGGAAAAAAUCGAAAAGCCUCCAGCCAUUCCCAGAAAAUUCAUCGUCACCGAGGGUAUCUUCCACAACUCUGGGGAUUUGGCUCCGCUGCCCGAAUUGACCAGGUUGAAGAACAAGCACAAGUUCAGGUUGUUUGUCGACGAGACCUUCUCCAUCGGUGUUCUUGGCGCCACGGGUCGCGGGCUGUCCGAGCACUUUAACAUGGACCGUGCCACCGCCAUCGACAUCACCGUCGGGUCCAUGGCCACAGCAUUGGGCUCCACCGGUGGGUUUGUGCUCGGUGACAGUGUCAUGUGUCUUCACCAGCGUAUCGGCUCCAACGCCUACUGUUUCUCUGCCUGUUUGCCCGCAUACACCGUCACAUCCGUCUCCAAAAUGCUGAAAAUGAUGGACUCGAACAACGACGCAGUACAGUCGUUGCAAAGGCUGUCCAAGUCCUUGCACGAAUACUUUGCAUCCGACGACUCCCUGCGUCCAUAUCUCGUCGUGACAUCCUCUCCAGUGUCCGCUGUCCUCCACUUGCAAUUGACUCCCGCGUUUAGAUCUCGCGAAUUCGGCUACACCUGCGAGCAACUAUUCGAGACCAUGUCAGCCUUGCAGAAGAAGUCCCACACAAACAAGCACAUUGCGCCAUACGAAGAGGAAGAAAAAUUCCUGCAAUCCAUAGUCGACUAUGCCCUUAUCAACCACAACGUGCUCAUCACAAGAAACACUAUUGUUCUGAAACAGGAAACGCUACCAAUUGUCCCUAGCUUGAAAAUCUGCUGUAACGCCGCCAUGUCCCCAGAGGAGCUUAAGAACGCUUGCGAAAGUGUCAAGCAAUCCAUCCUUGCCUGUUGCAAAGAAACUAAUAAGUAA